GAGUAGGGCGGGGCGGGCAAUGGGGCGGAUCGGGUUUAGGCAGGUAGGCCGGCAAGGUGGGGAAGGGGCAGGGAGGUGCUGGAGAAGGGGCGAUCCUGCAGGUUUGUGGACCACCACACCAUAGGGGAUCGGGUGAGACCCUCCAGGUGACUCCGGAGAAUUCGCAGUGAAAUUACCAUCGAGAGACCAACAGCUCUCUCCUCACCCGGCCCGACAAUGUUUCCUGCGAACCGUAGGAGAAUGCAGAAGCUAGCGGAGUCCUUGAGUAAAACCUCCAAGCAUUUUAACAAACAUGAAAUAGAGUGCCUCAUAAAACAUUUUCAUACCUUGCUGGAAGAAACAAUUGAAAAACAAGGUACCACUGGGAUAGAUCGCAAUGCAUUUCGAAACAUCCUGCACACUAUAUUUGGAAUGACUGAUGACAUGAUUAUGGACAGGGUAUUCCGUGCUUUUGACAGAGACAAUGAUGGAUUUGUGAAUGUGACAGAAUGGGUAGCAGGAUUAUGUGUGUUUCUUCGAGGGAGUCUGGAAGAAAAAAUGAAAUAUUGUUUUGACGUGUACGAUUUGAAUGCUGAUGGUUUCAUUUCACGAGAGGAAAUGUUUCACAUGCUGAAAAACAGCCUUCUCAAGCAACCAAGUGAAGAAGAUCCAGAUGAAGGGAUUAAAGAUUUAGUUGAUAUAACACUUAAGAAGAUGGAUCAUGACCAUGAUGGGAAGCUAUCUUUUGCAGACUAUGAAAUGUCUGUAAGAGAAGAAGCUCUUUUGUUAGAAGCAUUUGGUCCAUGUUUACCGGAAUCAAAGUGCACAUAUAUAAUAAGCAACAGGAGGAAAGAUAAUGCAAACAGUUUUGCUCAGAUGCAAAUACUGGCAAGUGGAUAGAGUGCUGGACUUGGAGUAAGGAAGACCUGUGUUCAAAUCCUGACUCUCCUACUUAAUAGCUGUGUGACCUGGGGCAAGUCAUUUAACUUCUGAUUGGUUACUCCCUAGGAUUUAUCUACCAAGUCAUAGAUAGGUUGCUUCUUGGAGAGAAUUCCCCUACUGGCAGUUCUCCAGCUGUUGAAAUCACAGUUCGUUUGCCUAUAAGUAUAUUCUUUGUCAAUAUAUUAUGCAUUAUAAUCAACACUAUAAAUUAAUUGUGUAUAACUAAUGAAAUUAUAAAAUUAACAUUUGUAAAAGAUCAUUGCAAAUAAUUGAAUUAAA